UCUUUCAUUUAUUUUUUUCUCACUUCACCAGCAAACUUUCUUCAAUGGCUUCUCUCACCGGCGCCGCCUCUCGUCUCCUCCCGGCCGCCAGAUUUACCGUCUCCAGAACUACUGCCAGAUUCUAUUUUUCAUCAUCUUCUGUUUCUCCUCUAAAGUGCCCCAAAUCAUCUCCUCUUUUAUCCCAUGUGUUUCGUUACCAGAAGCAAUCAUUGGUUCGAGUAUCUAGUGGAAGUUUCAGUACUGUAGCAUCGGCUAAAUCAGCUGCCUCUGAUCCCGAUCAGUUGAAAAGUGCGAGAGAGGACAUCAAAGAGCUACUGAACACUAAGUUUUGUCAUCCUAUUUUGGUUCGUUUGGGCUGGCACGAUGCUGGUACUUACAACAAGAAUAUUGAGGAGUGGCCACAAAGAGGUGGAGCUAAUGGAAGCUUAAGAUUCGAAGUUGAACUGAAACAUGGAGCCAAUGCUGGACUUGUAAAUGCACUGAAACUUCUCCAGCCUAUCAAGGACAAGUAUUCUGCUGUGACUUAUGCAGAUUUAUUCCAGCUGGCCAGUGCAACCGCCAUUGAGGAGGCUGGGGGCCCCAAAAUUCCCAUGAAAUAUGGGAGGAUGGAUGUGUCCGUACCUGAGCAAUGCCCAGAAGAAGGAAGGCUUCCUGAUGCUGGUCCCCCUUCCCCUGCUGCUCAUUUGCGUGAUGUCUUCUACAGGAUGGGACUAAAUGAUAAGGAAAUUGUUGCACUUUCUGGGGCUCACACUUUGGGGAGAUCAAGACCUGAACGCAGUGGUUGGGGCAAGCCAGAAACAAAAUAUACGAAAGAUGGACCAGGAGCCCCAGGAGGGCAAUCAUGGACCGUCCAGUGGCUGAAAUUUGACAAUUCCUACUUUAAGGAUAUUAAAGAGAGACGAGACAACGAUCUGCUAGUUUUGCCAACCGAUGCUGUUCUUUUUGAAGAUCCGUCAUUUAAGGAAUAUGCAGAGAAGUAUGCUGUAGAUCAGGACGCAUUUUUCAAAGAUUAUGCAGAAGCACAUGCUAGCCUGAGCAACCUUGGAGCUAAAUUUGAUCCUCCUCAGGGGUUCUCCAUUUAAAAUAGUUUCACCUGAUGUCAACCAGAGAAGUUUGUGGCAGCCUACCUACCG